AUGUCUCUUCCACUCCGUCAUCUGCCAGCUGGAGCAUGUGAAUAUGGCACAUUUGGAGCAACACUUAACAAUGGCGAUGUUUCUGCGUCAGCAAAUCUCUACAGGAAUGGGGUAGGCUGUGGUGCUUGCUACCAGGUCAGGUGCACAAAUCCUUACUACUGCUCCCAAAACUGCGUGACAAUUGUGAUCACAGACUCUGAGGCUAGCGAUGGGACUGACUUCAUCCUCAGUCAGCAUGCCUUCGCUAGGAUGGGGCAGAACCAGAAUGCUGGUUCAACCCUGAUGAACCUUGGAAAGAAUAUUGUGUUCAAGAUUACUCAGAGCAGCCAUUUCCCCUACUAUCUUGAAUUUGAGAUGGUACCAACAAGGAAACCAGGACAUCAUUGCAGUCCAUCUUUGCGAGACUGUGAACCUCACAUGCCAGCUUCUAGCGGAACUCAUGGUGCUGUAUGGGCUGCAGUCUCCCCACCAAGUGGCCCUCUGUCCAUAAGGAUGCUAUUUAGCAGCGGAGCUCCACAUGGCAGCGACCAGAAAUGGCUAGUUCCAACAAGCACAAUACCACAGAACUGGACGGCAGGGGGCAUGUAUGAUUCUGGGGUCCAAGUACAGCUGCAGUAA